AGUGUCACACUGUUAACUGACCCACCUGAGAGCACCCUCCAAAAACAAAAAAAGAUUUAUUAUAAAAAAAGAGGAAAAGAAAAUGUUAGGGUUUGACUGAAAUUCACACAAUCGCGUGCCACCCACAUUGAUCGUAGCAGAAUCACACCGAUUCACUCCACAAGAUUCACCUUCACCUCCUUCCGAAUCUCGCGGCAUUUCACACACACAGUAAAUCUAGCUCGUCAAAUCUUCAGUGUCAGUGAUCUGCAUUGGCGGUUUGUUGGCACGUGCGUCAUCGUUGUUGAGAUUCUGGGCUAGUUUGCAUGCAAUCUGGUGGUGGUGGACCCGGCCGGAACCCCGGUGUGGGGCCGGCUGGGAGGGCAGCGGCGUCGCCGUCGUCUGCAGCUGCGUCGCCUUCUUCUUCGUCUUCGGCGUCGCAGUUAGGGUUGGACUCAUUGCAGCAGCAGCAGCAGCAGCAGCAUCAACAGCAACAUCAGCAGCAGCAGCAGAUUGGUUCUCGGCAGUCAUUUCAACAGCAACUGCUUAGAAAACCUGAGGGAAGUGAAGCUUUUUUUAAUCAUCAAGCAGGGCGUCAAGGGGUAUUUGGGAGUAACAAUUUCUCAUCUCCCACUCCCAGUGCCAUGCAACAGCCCCAGCAGUCUCGAAAAUUCACUGAUUUACCUCAACAUGGUUCCAACCAGGGUAAUCACGUAAGGGGUCAAGGUAGUGAGCAGCAAAUGCUUAAUCCUGUACAACAAGCCUACCUUCAAUAUGCUUUCCAGGCUGUGCAACAGAAUCCUUCUUUGGGAAUUCAUUCACAACAGCAAACUAAAAUGGGAAUGUUGAGCCCUGCAAAUCUGAAGGAUCAGGAAAUGCGUAUGGGAAAUUUGAAAAUGCAGGACGUUAUGUCUAUGCAAGCAGUGAAUCAAGCUCAGGGUUCAUCCUCUAGGAAUUCAUCUGAACACGUUGCUCGUGGAGAAAGGCAGAUGGAGCAAGGACAACAAGUAACGCCUGAUCAGAAGAAUGAAGGAAAUCUUUCAACUCCGGGACCAGCCAGGCACUUAAUACCUGGAAACAUGACAAGACCCACGCAAGCACCAGAUCCUCAGCAGGGCAACCAAACUGUUGCGAACACCCAGAUUGCAGUAGCUUCUCAAUUGCAAGCCGUGCAGGCAUGGGCACGUGAACGUAACAUUGAUUUAUCACAUCCUGCAAAUGCACACUUUAUGGCGCAAAUUAUUCCCCUGAUGCAGUCACGGAUGGUCGCACAGCCAAAGGUCAGUGAGAGCAACAUUGGUGCACAGUCAUCACCUGUCCCUGUUUCAAAGCAGCUGGUCAAUUCUCCAGCUGCUGUGAGUGAAAGCUCAGCACAUGCUAAUUCAUCAAGUGAUGCAUCUGGACAGUCAGGUUCUUCAAAAGCAAGGCAGACAGUUCAACCCAGCCAUCUUAGUGCAACAGCCAAUGCUGGUAUAGCUGGUAACUCCCGUGACUUGGCAAUGCAGCAGUUCAAUGUUCAUGGCAGAGAGUCUCAAGCUUCUCUGAGGCUAGUUGGAAAUACAAUGCCCUCUAUGCAUUCUCAGCAGUCUUCUUCUGACUUGAACUUAGGCGCAGACCCUCCUUUGAAUGCAAAAACAUCAACAUCUGGUCCGGAACCUCCACAAAUGCAGUACAUCAGGCAGUUAAACGAAUCUACUCCUCAGGCUGGAGGUCCAACAAAUGAAGGGGGUUCCGGAAAUUAUGCAAAAUCUCAGGGGGCACCUAUUCAGAUGCCAGAGCAACGGGGUGGAUUUACCAAACCACAGCUACAUGUUCUUAAAGCACAGAUACUAGCAUUUAGGCGGUUGAAGAAAGGAGAAGGCACUCUGCCUCAAGAACUUCUUCGGGCUAUUGCGCCACCACCUCUUGAGGUGCAGGCACAACACCCAAAUCAUCCUGCAGGAGGACAAAAUCAAGACAAAUCUGCUGGAAAUAUUAUGGCAGAACAACCACGGCAUGCUGAAUCCAAUGCCAAGGAUUCGCAAUCUAUCCCUGCUGUUAAUGGACACAGUUCUUUAAAGCAGGAAUUAUUUGUCAAAGAGAAGAAAUCCACUCUACCACCAGUUCAUGCUCAAUCUGUUAUGCCAUCCGUGUCAAAGGAACCUGCUUCUGCAUUAUCUUCUGGAAAGGAAGAGCAGCAACCAACUGGAUGCUCUUUCAAGUCAAACCAGGACAGUGAACAUGGAAAUAACAGUACACCUGUUAGAAAUGAGUUAGCAUUAGAUAGGGGAAAGGCUAUUGCACCGCUGGCUUCAGUAUCUGACACAAUGCAAAUUACAAAGACUGCACAAGCAAGCACUGUUUCUCAGCCUAAGGAUGGGGGAUCAACCAGAAAAUAUCAUGGACCCCUAUUUGAUUUUCCUUCAUUCACUAGGAAACCUGACUCCUUUGGAUCAUCAACGAUGGUAAACAACAAUAAUUUAUCAUUGGCAUAUGACGUCAAAGAUCUUCUCUUAGAGGAAGGCAUGGAAGUACUUAACAAGAAACGGACAGAAAAUUUGAAGAAGAUUGAGGGUUUACUGGCAGUAAACAUAGAAAGGAAACGAAUUAGGCCAGAUCUUGUGUUGAAGCUGCAAAUUGAAGAGAAAAAGCUUCGCCUUUUAGAUCUUCAGGCACGUAUACGGGAUGACAUUGAUCAACAGCAACAAGAGAUAAUGGCAAUGCCAGAUAGGCCAUAUCGUAAGUUUGUUAGGCUGUGUGAACGUCAGCGUAUGGAACUUGCUAGACAGGUGCAGGCAUCUCGGAGAGCUCUAAGGGAGAAGCAACUCAAAUCUAUAUUUCUGUGGCGUAAGAAGCUUCUCGAGGCGCACUGGGCAAUUCGUGAUGCCCGAACUGCCCGCAACAGGGGCGUGGCCAAAUAUCAUGAGAGGAUGUUAAGGGAGUUCUCAAAACAUAAAGAUGAUGACAGACACAAAAGGAUGGAAGCCUUAAAAAACAAUGAUGUUGACAGAUAUAGGGAGAUGUUGCUGGAGCAGCAGUCUAGCAUCCCAGGCGAGGCUUCGGAGAGAUAUGCUGUCCUUUCAUCUUUCUUAUCCCAGACAGAAGAGUAUCUACAUAAAUUAGGGAGCAAGAUAACGGCAGCCAAAAGUCAACAGGAGGUGGAGGAGGCAGCCAAAGCUGCUGCAGCUGCUGCAAGAUUGCAGGGUCUUUCUGAAGAAGAAGUCAGAGCAGCUGCUGCUUGUGCUGGAGAGGAAGUGAUGAUUAGAAAUCGUUUUCUGGAGAUGAAUGCUCCUAGAGACAGUUCAUCUGUGAACAAGUAUUACAACCUUGCUCAUGCUGUGAAUGAAGUGGUCAUAAGGCAACCAUCACUCUUGCGAGCUGGAACAUUGAGAGACUAUCAGCUUGUUGGUUUGCAAUGGAUGCUUUCAUUGUACAACAAUAAGUUAAAUGGAAUUUUGGCAGAUGAGAUGGGUCUUGGCAAAACUGUACAGGUUAUGGCAUUGAUUGCGUACUUGAUGGAAUUUAAAGGAAACUAUGGCCCACAUCUUAUAAUCGUCCCAAAUGCUGUUUUGGUGAACUGGAAGAGUGAGUUGUAUCAUUGGUUACCAUCUGUGUCAUGCAUUUUUUAUGUUGGAGGGAAAGAUCAUCGAUCAAAACUAUUUUCUCAAGAGGUUUCUGCCAUGAAAUUUAAUGUCCUUGUGACUACUUAUGAGUUCAUCAUGUAUGACCGGUCAAAACUUUCAAAAAUUGAUUGGAAAUAUAUUGUAAUUGAUGAAGCACAGAGAAUGAAGGACAGAGAUUCGGUGUUAGCACGUGAUCUCGAUAGGUAUCGUUGUCAAAGGCGCCUGCUUUUGACAGGAACACCGUUACAGAAUGAUUUGAAGGAACUGUGGUCACUUCUAAAUUUGCUUCUUCCUGAGGUUUUUGAUAAUAGGAAAGCCUUCAAUGAUUGGUUCUCAAAACCAUUUCAAAAAGAAGGUCCUACUCAAAAUGCAGAGGAUGAUUGGCUUGAGACAGAGAAGAAAGUUAUCAUAAUUCACCGACUUCAUCAGAUUCUUGAGCCUUUCAUGCUCAGGCGUCGUGUUGAAGAUGUUGAAGGCUCAUUACCACCAAAGGUUUCUGUAGUUUUAAGAUGUAAAAUGUCACCUGUCCAGAGUGCCAUUUAUGAUUGGGUCAAAGCAACUGGUACCCUACGUCUUGAUCCUGAUGAUGAGAAACUUAAGGUUCAAAAGAAUCCAGCCUACCAGGUGAAGCAAUAUAAAACAUUGAACAACAGAUGCAUGGAGCUGCGUAAAACUUGCAACCAUCCUCUGCUUAAUUACCCAUUCUUCAAUGACUUAUCUAAAGAAUUCAUUGUGGAAUCUUGUGGAAAAUUGUGGAUCCUGGAUAGGAUCCUCAUAAAACUUCAAAGAACUGGACAUCGAGUUCUACUGUUUAGUACCAUGACAAAACUUCUAGAUAUCUUGGAAGAAUACCUGCAGUGGCGAAGACUUGUGUACAGAAGAAUUGAUGGGACAACUAGUUUGGAAGACCGUGAAUCAGCUAUAGUGGACUUCAAUCACCCUGAUUCAGACUGUUUCAUCUUCUUGCUUAGUAUUCGAGCUGCUGGGCGAGGCCUUAACCUUCAAUCUGCUGAUACAGUUGUCAUUUAUGACCCUGAUCCAAACCCGAAAAAUGAGGAGCAGGCUGUGGCCAGAGCUCAUCGAAUUGGACAGAAAAGAGAAGUCAAAGUUAUCUACAUGGAAGCUGUUGUUGACAAAAUCUCUAGUCAUCAAAAGGAGGAUGAACUGAGAAGUCGAGGCAUUGUUGAUUCGGAGGAUGAACUUGCAACUAAGGAUCGCUAUAUAGGAUCCAUUGAGAGCCUCAUAAGGAACAAUAUUCAGCAAUAUAAGAUAGAUAUGGCUGAUGAGGUCAUAAAUGCUGGACGGUUCGAUCAAAGAACAACACAUGAAGAAAGACGUUUGACUUUGGAGACAUUAUUACAUGACGAAGAGAGGUGUCAAGAAACUGUCCAUGAUGUCCCCUCAUUGCAGGAGGUAAAUCGCAUGAUUGCUAGGAGUGAAGAAGAAGUUGAACUGUUUGACCAAAUGGACGAUGAACUAGAUUGGAUUGAUGAAAUGACACGGUUUGUUCAUAUACCUAAAUGGCUUCGAGCCAAUACAAGAGAAGUGAAUGCUGCGAUUGCUGCUUUAUCAAAAAAACCAUCAAAGAACACUUUAUUGGGUGGUAGUAUUGGCAUGGAAGCAGGUGAACUUGGUUCUGAAAGAAGAAGAGGAAGACCCAAGGGAAAGCGUCCUAGUUAUAAAGAGUUGGAAGAUGAAGAUUUGGAAUACUCCGAAGCAAGCUCUGAUGAAAGAAAUGGAUAUGCACAUGAGGAAGGGGAAAUGGGAGAAUUUGAAGAUGAUAGGUAUAUCGGAGCUGAUGGAGAUCAGCCCAUUGAUAAAAAUCAAUUGGAAGAUGGUCUGCUUUGUGAAGCUGGAUAUGAAUUUCCUCAAUCUUUAGAAAAUGCUGGAAAUAAUCAGGUAGUUGGAAAAGCUGGUUCCUCUGGAUCAUACUCUGACAGUAAAAAAUUGAAGCAGAUUGUAUCACCAUCAAUUUCUUCUCAGAAAUUUGGUUCACUCUCUGCAUUAGACGCCCGUCCGAGUUCCAUUUCGAAAAUGAUGACAGAUGAGUUAGAGGAUGGGGAAAUUUUUGUAUCUGGUGAUUCUCUCAUGGACCACCAACAAUCUGGAAGUUGGAUACAUGAUCGUGAUGAAGGUGAAGAUGAACAAGUUUUGCAGCAACCAAGGAUUAAACGCAAGCGUAGUCUUCGUGUCCGACCCCGUCAUAUGACUGAAAGGCCUGAAGAAAAGUCCGGCAGUGAAGUGACUCCUCAUUUGGAAGUCCAAACAGUCCAUAAAAAUCAAGUGCAACUGAGGACUGACCUAGAAUCAAAACCAUUGGUAGACUCCAGUGCCAGAAGGAAUGAUCAAAGCACAUCAUCGAUGAAAAAUAAGCGAACUUUACCUUCAAGGAGAAUUGCUAAUACAUCCAAAUUACACGACUCACCAAAGUCUGCUCGUUUGAAUUGCAUAUCUGCUCCUUCAGACGAAGCUGGUGAACAUUCCAGGGAAAGCUGGGAGGGGAAGACUAACAAUUCAAGUGGAUCUUCUGCUCAUGGCACUAAGAUGACUGAAAUCAUCCAGAGAAGGUGCAAAAAUGUAAUUAGCAAGAUCCAAAGGAGAAUAGACAAAGAAGGCCAUCAAAUUGUACCUCUGUUAACAGAUUUAUGGAAGAGGAUUGAGAAUUCCGGGUACGCUGGUGGAUCUGGAAACAACCUGUUGGAUUUUCGAAAAAUUGAUCAGCGGAUUGAUAGAUUGGAGUAUAAUGGAGUAACAGAGCUUGUACUUGAUGUCCAGUUCAUGUUAAAGAGUGCGAUGCAUUUUUAUGGUUUUUCAUAUGAGGUAAGAUCUGAAGCAAGGAAGGUUCAUGAUCUCUUUUUUGAUAUCUUGAAAAUUGUGUUUCCUGACACGGACUUCCGAGAGGCAAGAAGUGCACUUUCUUUCUCUGGUCAAAUUCCUGCCACUGUAACAUCCCCAAGGCCAAUGGCUGUUGGCCAAAGCAAGACGCACCGGCCUAUAAAUGAUGCGGAAACUGAUUCCCACCCUUCACAGAGGUCACUGCAACGCGGAUCGGCUUCUAGUGGUGAAAGUAACAGGAUAAAAGGCCCACAGAAGCAAUCAAGAACUAGAAGUGGUUGUGCUGGCAGCAGCCGCGAGCAGCUUCAACAGGAUGAUUCUCCACUUGCUCAUCCCGGUGAACUGGUUGUAUGCAAGAAGAAAAGAAAUGACAGGGAGAAAUCACUGGUGAAGCCUAGGACUGGCCCUGUUUCGCCAACGAGUGGGGGUCCCUCUAUGAGAAGUUCAGGGUCAAGUUCAGUCCCCAAGGAUGCUAGAUUAACACAACAAACUGCUCAUGCACAAGGGUGGGCUGGCCAGGCAUCUCAACCUAAUGGUUCUGGUGGCCCAGUUGGGUGGGCAAACCCUGUAAAGCGGCUAAGAACAGAUUCUGGGAAGAGGAGACCCAGCCAUACAUAAAUUUCUUAAGGUCACUAGAAUGGUAUAUAAUGGACAUAUUGUUCCUUGUUCCAGGAAGAGUUUAGUUUACACCUCAUACUGUUAAUAUAGAAUUAGGCCCUAAAGUUUUGUUUAUGCUACCUAAAUGGGUUUAAAUGUAAGGUGCUCUCCAAUUUUUUCGUUUUAGACCUGCAUCUUGCAGGUGCUGCAAUUAUUUUAGAUAGCUGAAACUGAUGUAUAGUAACUUGGUUCGUGUUAGUCCAUCAGAAAAUUAUCUCUGCA